AUUUUCAAAACUGCCACGAUACAUUGGACUGGGUAAAAGAAUAAAAAAAGUCCAUUGGCAUAAUCAUCUGGUGUACUACAUUCUUCGUACUUGGUAAUCCUCAAUUUGCUUCCCGCCAAAAAACAUUGCAGUUUGUCAGAAGUUAUUUACGUUUUGAUCCUUUGCAUCGAAGGAAUAAUUUAAGUAACCAUGGAUGACACUAUAGCUUCACGAAGAAGCAAACGCCAAAAAAUAGAUAAAUCAGGUCGAUUACUUGCUCUUGAAAAAUUUAAGAAACUAAAGGGUAGUAAGAACAAAUACGAUGACGAUGAAUUGGAAAAUGUUUAUGAUGAAGUAGACGAAGAAGCAUAUAAUAAACUUGUUUUGGAUCGUCAAUACGAUGAUUGGAUUGUUGAUGAUGGAGGCGGUUCCGGAUAUGUGGAGGAUGGUCGGGAAAUUUUUGAUGAUGAUUUGGAUGAUGAGAGUGUACGUCAGGCAGCAAAACGUGAAUAUAUAAAAGGACCAAGAAAGCGAAAACGGGAUGUUAAUGCUAUGAAGAACGAUGGUAGUAUUGUCAGUAUGUUCUCUAGUAUGAGCAGUAAAAAGAAGGCGGAAGAAAAAAUUUGUGACGAUGAUAUCCUUGGAGAUCUUAUGUCCGAAUUGAAAAAAGAUACCAAUACCAUUAAGACCAAAGACAAGCCUCGCACAAACAAAUUUCUAUCAUCUAAUAAACCUUCCGUAUCAGAAGAUGAUAAAUUGCUGGCAAGUUUAACAAAACCAGUUAUAAGUGCAAAAACUAUCUUAGAUGAAUUAAACGAUGAAAUUUUGUAUGAUAAACCAGAAAGAAAAUCAAAUAAUUCAAAAGUAUGUAAAAGCGCAACCAUCUUAGACGAACCUGAAGUUACAAGAAAAGAAAAGGUAGAAGAAAUAAAACAAUCGCCAAUUAAAGCGAAGAAUGUUACAAUUGAAGAUAAUUUUGUAACGUUGGAUAAGGAAGAUGAAGGAUUUUCAAAUAUUAAUGAAAUUUCAGUUAAUGAAAAUAAAGAUGAUAUGAUUAAUGAUGACAACUUAAAUCAAUAUGUUGGUGAUAUAUCUGAUAUUGAUUUCGCUAGCGCGAGUAUGGAUACAAAGAUACCUGAACUUCAGAAUAAAUCCGAAAUGUGGAAAGAAAAAGAUGCGGAAUCGUGUAAGGAUGGCAUUAAAGUUUGGCAAGAAGAUUUUAAUAUUGCCUGUGGAGACGCAGCACCAGGUUUAAGAUCAGAAAAAAAAUCCCUACCAUUACCAACAACGGUGAAUGCCGCUGGGGAUACAGUGUUUCGUUUUUUUUGGUGGGAUGCUUUUGAGGAUCCAUACAAGCAUCCUGGACAGGUUUAUCUGUUCGGUAAAGUUUAUAUCACGAGUCUCAAUGAUUAUGUUUCUUGCUGUGUUAAUAUAAAAAAUAUACCCAAAAGAAUUUAUCUACUACCCAGAGAAUACAUAAAGAAAAGUGAACAUUCAGAAGAGAACAAAGAGUCGAAUACCAUGAUGAACGUCUACAAUGAAUUCAACGAUUACGCUCGAACCCUUGGUAUUCAAGAGUUUCGUUGCAUCGAAGUAACCAAAAAUUACGCCUUCGAGCGCGCUGACACGCCUCAGAUGGCCGAAUACCUUGAAGUGAGAUAUGCAAGUACAUAUCCAGCUGUCGAUGCUGACUUCAAUAGUCCAUCCAUCGAGGCCGUUUUCGGAAUGUCGAUCAAUCCGCUUGAGCUCUUUCUCAUAGAAAGAAAUAUUAAAGGACCCUGCUGGCUUGAUGUUAAAAUGCCAUUAUCUGUGAAUAAUGCAUUUAGUUGGUCCACGAUAGAGGUAAAUUGUACAAAGAUGGAAAAUAUUUCUGUGACAAUGGAACAAACCAAUACAAUGACAAUACCACCAAUAGUAAUUGCAACGAUAAAUGUUCAAGUAUGUUUGGAUUCAAAGCAGCAAAAAAAUGAAAUUGUAAACAUUGGAAUCUUGCUCCAUCACAAGUUUGAAUUAGAUAAGACUGCACCAAAGCCACCAUUUAACCAACAUUUUUGCCUUGUUACUCAUCCACGUAAUAUUAACUGGCCAUUAAAAGCUCGAGAUCGACUUGCGAAAAUCACCCAGACGAAGGUCAUACGCUGCGAUACGGAAUUGGAUUUAUUACAACAGUUUCUUGAUAUAAUACAGUGUUCAGAUCCAGACAUAAUAAUCGGCUAUGAUUGUGGUUUUCAGUUUGAUGUUCUAAUGAAUAGGAUAUAUACAUUAAAAGUAAAAAAUUGGAGUAUCGUAGGCAAACUCAAACGAUUGACACCUCCUUCCUUAAAGGGAAAAAUGAAUUUGAACCAAGUAUUUUGUGGUCGACCUAUCUGUGAUAUUAUGAAAUCAGCAAAAGAAUUAAAUUUAAAAGUUAGAAGUUAUGAUCUCGCUUCACUUUGUGUAUCUGUUCUUAAUAAAAAAGAAUACGAGUGCAAGGAAAUAAAACCCGAAGACUGUCCAAUGUUCUAUUCCUCUUUUGAAAAGUUAGAAAACCUCAUUAAGUCUACAAUGGUUGAGGCUUCUUAUAUCUUAAAUAUCGUUAUAGAGCUUAACAUUCUUCCAUUAGCCCUUCAAAUAACAAACAUAGCUGGUAAUACAUUAUCUCGAACUUUGUCUGCUGGACGUGCAGAGCGUAAUGAGUUCUUGCUUUUGCACGCAUUUCAUAAUAAGGGCUACAUUACGCCAGAUAAAAGAAUGUCUAAUAAAAAGAAAAAUGAUGGUGAGUUAAUAGCCGCGCACGAAGGAAAGAAAAAGCCAGCCUACGCCGGUGGAUUGGUUUUACAACCAAAAAAGGGCUUUUAUGAUAAGCUUAUAUUAUUAAUGGAUUUCAAUUCAUUGUAUCCGAGUAUUAUACAAGAAUUUAAUUUAUGUUUUACUACUGUACCUGGUGCUGCUUACGCCGAUGUUGAAGAUCUGUGCCUGCCAGAAUCAUCGGUCGAGAAUGGCAUUGUGCCCACUGAAAUUCGCAAACUAGUGGAAAGUCGUAUACAAGUUAAAAAUCUCUUGAAGACACCGAACCUCAGUCCAGAGCUUAAAAUCCAGUAUAAUAUUCGACAAUUAGCACUAAAACUCACUGCCAACUCAAUGUACGGUUGCCUUGGCGCUACGCAUUGUCGUUUCUAUGCAAAAGGUCUUGCAGCUCUUAUUACGAUGAAAGGUCGAGAGAUACUGCAAAAUACAAAAGCUCUCGUCGAAAAAUUUAAUUACGAAGUUAUUUAUGGCGAUACUGAUUCAAUAAUGAUUAAUACAAAUAUUUUGGAAUACGACCAAGUGUUUAAUAUUGGUAGAGAAAUUAAAAAGGAGGUUAAUAAAACGUAUAAAAAAGUGGAACUUGAUAUCGAUGGAGUGUUUAAGUACUUGUUGUUGUUACAAAAAAAAAAAUAUGCAGCAGUGACAAUGACUAAAUUGCCAAAUGGACAAAUACAUAACUCGAAGGAAUUGAAAGGAUUGGAUAUUGUGAGAAGGGAUUGGUGUGGAUUAGCUUGCGAUAUUGGAAAUCAAAUAUUGGAUCAGCUAUUGUGCGACCAGUUAAACGAAUUACGCUUGGAAAAUAUUUUUGAUAUCCUGAAAAACAUUGGUGAUAAUCUACGAGAGGGUAAGCUUCCCUUAUCUUCACUUGUCAUUACAAAACAGCUUUCAAAAAAUCCAAAUGAUUAUCCGAGCGAUAAAAAAUUGUCACACGUCCUCGUCGCUCUAAGACUGAAUGAAAGUGGUAGUCGUAAAUGGAAAGCCGGAGACACAGUUCCUUAUAUUAUUUGUGAGGAUGGUACAAAUAAGACAGCUGUUGAAAGAGCAUAUCACAUUGAAGAAUUUAAGAAGAACGAUAUCCUUAAAGUUGAUGUCAAUUAUUAUUUAUUAAAUCAAAUACAUCCUGUCGUUUUAAGGAUAUGCGAACCAAUUGAAGGCAUCGAUGAUGUAUUAAUCGCUCAACAUUUAGGAAUAAAGGAUUUUUAUAAGCCCAAACGAAUAUUUAUAAAUGAAGAGGAAAACGAAAUUCCAGUCUGUAUACAAGAUGAUCGUUAUGCAAAAUGUCAACCCUUCAGUUUUAUUUGUCGAAACAAAGAGUGUAAAACUGAAAAUAAUAUUAAAACUGCAGUUACUGAAUUUAACGGAUUUCUUCGACCAUCGCUGGCGAUGUGUUCAAAUCCCGAUUGUAAUUUACCACCAUGGAAAAGCGUACAUGCCAUUCAGAAUAAAUUACAAAUAGAUAUAAGGAAUUUUAUUACGAAUUACUACUAUGCUGAAGUUGAGUGUGAAAAUCCAAUUUGUUCGAAAGUAAUGAGAAGAAUUAUGAUGGACACUCUUGGUAAAUUACCCAAAUGCUACAGCUGCCACGAUGGCAAUGUGCACAAAAUUCAUAAGGAGACAGAAUUAUACAACCAGUUGAGUUUCUACCUUAGCAUAUUCACCUUAAAUUUAAACCAAUACAAAAAUGUGAAACUACUAUCGUCACAGUUAAUAGAUGCAUAUGAUACUCUCAAGGAGUUUGUAGAAAAACAAAUACAAUACAAUGCUUAUUCAGUGGUUGACUUAACGAAGCUUUUCUGGCCGAAAAUGAAGGAGCAAAAUCUCGAUAACACGAAUAGUCUCGAAGAAGUACCGUCGAUCAUCGAAGUAGAAAAUCUAAUACAAGAAGAAUUAGAAAGUGAAGAUGUGAGUAUUAUACUAUAUAAAAUUUUUUAUAGAAAUAUUGAAGGAUAUUCUACAAUAAAUAACGUAUAA